AUGGCUCUUUUACCUGGGAUUUUUUACUGGGGCACAAUCCUUUCGGCGAAAACAAGGAGAAGAAGACGAGCCAUUCCAAGCUAUGCGAACUCUGCCGAUGUAAAGGCGCGAACUACCUCUUCAACGGCAGUUUUAGACCUGAAACCUUACACCUCUUACAAAGUAGCAAUAAAGGCUUUCAACAGCGGAGGUAAAGGCCCAGCAACUUAUGAAACAUAUUUUGACACACUGCAGGAUGUUCCUGGACCUCCGUCAGAUGUGAAAGUGUACCCAUUUGCGUUGUACAUCCUGGUCACGUGGAAACCGCCUGUAGAACCCAAUGGAAUCAUUAAAAAUUACCAAGCGGGAUCUGCUAAAUUCAAGGGUUCAGAGCCUAAAGACACUCCAGUAGAGAUGACCGAGCUAGAAACGUCGAAGAGGAGGUACCUUAUUGGCAAGGAAGUAAAGCAAGAAGAGCUGACAAACUAUGUUGUAGAAAUACAAGCCAAGACCGAACCGGGUUACGGUGCAAGUGUGAGAAUACCCACUAAAACAGUCAAAGUUUCUGGUAAGUCACGACAAAUUUGGAAAAUUAUUUCGAUUACAGCGGACACUCUCGGGAAUUGGAAAAAGUGUCCGGAGGAAAAACCCCCACCUUAUCAAAGUCAGAGCUCAUUGGAUAAUCGGGAUAGUUACCGUGACAGCCUGGACGACUACGGCGAGGGACCACAGUUCAAAGAAGAUGGGUCAUUUAUAGAGGAGUAUGGUGACGAAAAGAAACAACCCCCGGACGAGAAAGAUCAGUCCGCAUUUGCGACCUUCGUUUGA